GAAGCCGCAGUGGUUUACCCUCUGUUUUAGGCUUAGCGUUUAAGUAUUCAUAUUAGUCAGUACACUUAGAUCGUUUUCUUCUGUGUUCCUCUUUCCUUCUCCCAGAUGGAGAUGGUAGACGAUUUGUUGCUCGAAGAGCUGGAAGAUUUCAUGCAUUUUAGUGUGGCGGAGCUUCCGCAGCGAGGAUACGCAGUGAUGGAAGAGAUCCGUAGGCAAGGGAAGCUGUGCGACGUUACCUUGAAGGUGGGAGAGCACAAGUUCAGUGCACACAGGAUCGUGCUUGCAGCUUCCAUUCCCUACUUUCAUGCCAUGUUCACCAAUGAUAUGAUGGAGUGCAAACAGGAUGAAAUAAUAAUGCAGGGCAUGGAUCCCAGUGCAUUAGAAGCUUUGAUCAACUUUGCCUACAAUGGCCGUUUGGCAAUAGACCAGCAAAAUGUUCAAUCUCUUCUUAUUGGAGCCAGCUUUCUUCAACUGCAGAACGUCAAGGAUGCCUGUUGUACCUUUCUCAGAGAGCGAUUGCAUCCAAAAAACUGUCUUGGUGUAAGACAGUUUGCAGAGGCCAUGAUGUGCACGGUUUUAUAUGAUGCCUCCAAUAGCUUUAUUCAUCAGCACUUUGUGGAAGUGUCCAUGUCAGAGGAGUUUUUGGCACUUGUAGCAGAAGAGAUUUUAGAGCUGGUAGGACGGGAUGAGCUGAAUGUCAAGGCAGAAGAGCAGGUUUUUGAAGCAGUUUUAGCUUGGGUCAGACAUAAACGAGAGGAAAGAGAGCAGCAUUUGCCAGAUCUGCUUGCUAAAGUCCGCCUGCCUCUGUGCCGUCCACAGUUCCUGGCAGAUCGCGUGCAGCAAGAGGACCUGGUGCGCUUUUGUCACAAAUGCAGGGAUCUUGUUGAUGAAGCAAAAGACUACCAUCUGAUGCCUGAACGCAGACCCCAUUUGCCUGCUUUCAAAAUUCGACAGCGCUGCUGCACUUCCAUAGCAGGGCUCAUAUAUGCUGUUGGUGGGCUCAACUCUGCAGCAUAUUUUUAUGCAGGCGACUCUCUGAACGUGGUGGAAGUGUUUGAUCCAAUCGCUAACCGCUGGGAAAGGUGUCAGCCAAUGACGACAGCGCGUAGUCGAGUAGGAGUUGCUGUUGUAAAUGGGCUCUUAUAUGCAAUUGGAGGAUAUGACGGCCAGUCACGUCUCAGCACGGUGGAGGUAUACAACCCGGAUACAGACAGUUGGACUCAAGUGGCAAGCAUGAACAGCAAGCGCAGUGCAAUGGGAACAGUAGUGGUUGGUGGACAAAUCUAUGUGUGUGGUGGUUAUGAUGGAAGUUCUUCUCUCAUCUCAGUAGAAUGUUAUUCACCCGAACUGGAUAAGUGGACAAUGACAACACCAAUGACUGUAAGUCGCAGUGCAGCUGGGGUCACGGUAUUUGAAGGUAGAAUCUUCGUCUCAGGUGGUCAUGAUGGAUUACAGAUAUUUAACUCUGUGGAAUAUUAUAACCAGCACACUUCAUCCUGGCAUCCAGUGGCAGGAAUGCUAAACAAGCGUUGUCGACAUGGUGCAGCAGCCUUGGGAAGUAAACUUUAUGUGGCAGGAGGCUAUGAUGGCUCAGGGUUUCUCAGCAUGGUAGAGGUAUAUAGUUCUGGUGCCAAUCAGUGGAGCUACGUAGUGCCUAUGAACACACGACGAAGCAGGGUCUCUCUUGUUGCCAACUGUGGCCGGCUUUAUGCAGUCGGUGGCUAUGAUGGACAGUCCAAUUUGAACUCUGUGGAAAUGUAUGACUCUGAAACCAACCGUUGGACAUUCAUGGCUCCUAUGGUUUGUCAUGAGGGUGGUGUUGGGGUUGGCUGUAUUCCUCUUCUGCCUAUAUAGCAUUUUCAAGUUUUAGUUGCAUUUUAACAUUACAUUGUGUAUCUGGAUUUAAGGAAUUCACUGUUGGACAAGUCCUUGGCAUUUUGUCAGAGCUGAGAUUAUCAUGUUCAGAGCCCCCAUACCCAGUGAACAUCUAGUGGAGGAAAAAAAUGUUCACUUGCACUGCAUAUCAGCUUGUCGGAUUAGCAUUGUGGAAAGAAAGAAGACAAUUGAAGAUCUGACUAUUAGGAAGAUGAGUGCUUCAAGUCUCCAGGCUGUUCUUGAAAUGGGGAAGUUAUUUCUACAAAUUAACUAACAAGUUCUACUCAAAGGAGAAGUGAACUUCUUCCAAAAGAGCACAACACUAGUGAAAUGAUGCAGAGAGUGGCCCUGACUGUCUGUUUUUGGAAGGGAGGCAAGUGCAAAGUGCAGUGCUGAACUUAUUAAAAAUAGAAUUGGCUCACUCCAGUGGGUAUGAGUGUGGUGCCAGGCAUUUCUGAAUGUACUGAACUUCAGCAAUUUUUAGAAUUUUGUACUUUCAGCUAUUUUCCUAUGGGGAAUGCCAGAUUUGCCCUGCAAGCUACCAUUAAUAGAAAGUUGCAUAUUUUGGGCCAUAUAGAGCAUUACUGUCCUCAUUUUGAAGAAGAAAAUUGUAGGAAUAUAUUUUCUUUUAAAACAUACAUUGGCCUAAAAAUGAUUUUGAAAAAUUUAUUUUGCAAGGAUAUUUUGUUCCAUCGUUAUUCAAUGCUGGGUUUCUAAAGCAUAGAAAAAUAUUUUAUUCUGUGACAUAUUUUUUUUUAUACUACUUUAUUAAGCCCUUUCACCAGAAUAGCUGUACAAAAUAAUAAGUAAUCUUCUAUCUUACAUUGUUUGAUUCACAGUUUCCUACAGCACUUUCUAAAAUGUUCUAUGGUGCUGAGCCUAACCAUAAAAAUAUUUACUGUUAUAAUGUGAUUAAUGAGCUGCUGCUGUUCGGUGUCUUUAUGAAUGUGAUGGACUUCAGGAGGCAUAGCUUGGUACCAAAACUUGCUUUUCUAAAUACCUCAGAAUGACCAAGUGCAUAAUACCAAAUAUUCAGGCCUCCUUGCAUGACCUCUGUUUCUAGAUGUUAUUCUACACUAUAGGUUGAGCUUUGAGAGUAUUAACAAGCGUUAUAUAAAGAUACACAGACAAUACUGUAUUAGGGGGAUGUUUGAGAAAAGUGUAAAUUAUUUCUUUGUAAUGUGAUAACUUUGUAUAACUUUUGUUUAUAAAUCAAUGUUUACUGUUUCUUCUA